AUGCGCCUGUCAUCUUUCUGGGGACUGGCAGUACUGGCUGCUGCAUCAUUGGCAGCGCCGUCUCAAUCUGAUCCCUGGGACGUCCUUGCAGCUAAAUCUCUAGCGAAGCAGAUCCGGUACCACGCCGCCAAUCCUGAUGCUGGUAGCAAUUGCAACCCUCGCACAGCAAGUGUACGGCGGGAAUGGGGUUCUCUGAGUAAGAAGGAACGGAAGAACUAUAUUGACGCAGCCCUGUGCUUGGCAAAAAAGCCUUCUAAAUCUCCUCGUUCUUUUGCUCCUGGAGCCCGCAACCGCCACGAUGACUUUGUCGCGACGCACAUUAACCAGACUUGGCACAUUCACGGAACAGGGAACUUUCUGACCUGGCACCGGUAUUUCACCUGGGCCUAUGAACAGGCCUUGCGCAACGAAUGCGGAUACAAGGGCUACCAGCCAUACUGGGCCUGGAACAAGUACGCGGAUGAUCCGCUGAGCUCUCCAAUCUUUGAUGGCUCUCCGUAUAGCAUUUCGGGAAACGGAGCGUACAUCCCACAUAAUGCCACCGAGAUCGCGCCGGGUGUGUUUAUCCCAUCUGGAAGCGGCGGUGGAUGUGUUGAGACUGGACCGUUCAAGGACUGGGUCGUAAACCUCGGCCCUGUCUGGUCUAGUAUUCAUUUGCCAGGCUAUGAGCCCCAAAACGGAUCCGGACUGAACUACAAUCCGCGGUGUCUGCGACGCGAUAUUAACCUCGCAGCUGCGAAAUGGACCAGAACUGAGAUCGUAAUGGAUGUGCUUGACGAACCAGAUAUUUGGGGCUUCGAGACGGUGAUGCAGGGCAUGACAGGCGAUCCCUCCUACUUGGGUGUCCACUCGGGAGGACAUUUCACGAUUGGUGGUGAUCCUGGUGGAGACUUCUACACGUCUCCCGGUGAUCCGGCAUUCUUCCUCCACCAUUCCGCUAUCGAUCGCCUGUUCUGGACUUGGCAGAACCAGGAUCCUGCGAACCGUACAUACCAGGUAAACGGACCUACUGGAUUUUGGACGCCAGAUGGCGUGUCGAUCAAUGCGACUUUUGAUGAUGUUGUGGAUAUGGGUGACUUCUUGGCGCCGCCAAAGACUCUGAGUGAGCUUUCGGAUACUACCGGGGGUCCGUUCUGUUAUGUCUAUACCUGA